CACUUCCUGCUCCAAAUUCAGAAACACAAUAUUAGCCCAAAUCUCCAUUUCCUCACCAAUUCACCAACCCUCGUUCUAGCUAAAAUUUCUCAUUUUACCCCAAAUUCACCAACUCUCAUUCUUCGCUGACGGUGUCACGGUUGCGCCGUCGUCACUCCGUUUGCUCGCGCCGCCGUCGCGCUCUGUUGCUGCUGUGCCGCUGUCGCUCUCCCACAUUCAAGCCACUGUCUCUCCUCUUGCUCGCGCCGCCUGUCGCUUCGCUGUUGCCGUUCCACCGUCGCUCCUUCUCUCUGUUGCCGUCGUCGCUCCUCCUACCUUGGUCCUUCUCCGCUCUCUCUCAAUCGAGCUCACAAGAACCAGGUGGAAUGUUGUUAUGCCUGCCAUUGUUGCCAAAUCAAUAUCAAUUCUAUCUGAUGCAGGCCUUGGCAUGGCCAUGUUUAGCCUUGGGCUAUUUAUGGCAUUGCAACCAAAGAUCAUUGCCUGUGGAAACACGGUCGCUUCAUUCGCUAUGGCGAUUCAUUUCCUCACCGGCCCUGCAGUAAUGGCUGUAGCAUCAAUUGUGGUAGGACUAAGGGGAGUUUUGUUGCACAUUGCCAUUGUACAGGCUGCCCUGCCUCAAGGAAUUGUACCCUUUGUGUUUGCUAAGGAAUACAACGUUCAUCCUGAUAUAUUAAGCCCAGGGGUUAUAUUUGGGAUGCUAAUUGCUCUUCCUAUUACUCUAGUUUAUUAUAUUUUGUUGGGGCUGUGAAGAAGAUGAGGACGGGGAGGAAUGACUAAUUAUAAUGGUGUUACAUUUACAUUUACACCCUUUUGUUAUAUUAAUAUUAUUAUAGGGUAAUUUUUUUUGCCAUCCUCUAACAAUGUAGAAUUCGGAAGCUUAAUCAGAGUUGGGAAUGAAUGAAGUGUGUUUGUAGAGAGGGCUUGAUAGCUAUAAUUUAAUUACUACUAAAUAGGAAAAGCAUCCAGAACUUGCAAACAAUUUGCAUUUUGGUGACAUCUAACAGGUCAAUCAUUUAUGGAAUAAUGAAA